AUGACAGAAAGACGUGCAUCAUCCGUUAGUCCAAAUGUCACAGCAUCAUCAAUAAUUAUUCCUAAAUGUGAACCAAUAGAAAAUGAUAUUAUUCAAAAUAAUAAACGUCGUCUAGGUGAACAUCUUUCUCAUGAUACAGAUACAAUUCUAUUAAAUAAACGACAAAUGGCAACAAAAAGACAUCAUCAUGCAGAUAAUAUUCAAUCAAAAUUUAUGAAUGGACGACAUGAAAGUAUCGAUGAACAACAACAACAACAACAGAAACAAACAGAAUCACAUUUUUCAUCAAAUAGUCCAAAAAUUAAUAAUCAAAAAUCAUUUUCCAAUGGUGGAAACAUUGAUCAUCAAUCUUUAUCAAAUAUUCAACCAAAACCAAGAUUUCUCGAUGGAAAUUCCGAUAAUACAAUUGUUCGACCACAAGUUUCAUCAUCACCAAUGGGUAUACCGCGUCCAGCUAAUCCAUCACGUUAUACAGCUCCUGUUCAUAUUGAUGUUGGUGGUACAAUAUUUACAUCAUCAUUAGAAACAUUAACACGUUAUCCUGAUAGUCGUUUAUCAAAAUUAUUCAAUGGUACAAUACCAAUUGUAUUAGAUACACUUAAACAACAUUAUUUUAUUGAUCGUGAUGGUAAACUUUUUCGAUAUAUAUUAAAUUUUAUGCGUUAUGGUACACUAGCAUUACCAGAUUAUUUUACUGAACUACCAGCUUUACUUGAAGAAGCUCGAUAUUUUGAAUUAACACCAUUAAUUAAUGCUAUUGAAGAACGAUUAAAUCAUCGUAAAUCAUCAACAAAUAUGGAUUAUUUUACACUAAAGAAUACUACUACUACUACAACAACUAAUAAUAAUAAUAAUAAUAAUAAACAACAAGUAUCAAAUAAUAAUGAUGUACUAUCAUUAAAUAUAAAUCAAGAUCGUGUAUUAAUUAGUGGAAAUAUAACACUUAUACAUGAUCUAUUUCCAGAAAUUCAAGAACAACAACAACAACAAACAACAACAUUACAUGCACAUGUUGAAAGAAAUCAAUUUAUACGUUUUACAUUAGAUGCUUUUAUAAAUUUAACACAAUUAGAAAUUUUUCAACGUUUAUUUAAUUCACAAUUUCUUAUUGUUGCCUCAACAUGUGGUACAAGUAUUGAUACAAUGACACAAUUUAGUGAAUAUAUAUUUUCAAGGAUAAAAUCAAAUCAUUUAUCAUUAUUAUCAAAAAAAUCUAUUCGAAAUACAUGUGAAAAUGGUAUUACUGUUGAUGAUAAUGAUGAAGAAGAAGAAACAUAUGAUUAA